CGGACGGCAGCAAGGCAUCGACCAAGGACAACGGCAAAAAGACAAAGAUAAAGACAACGGAUUUAAACAAAGGUGAACAACGGACUGACACACGGCUAAAUGACAACGGACUGGAUAAAAGGAUUACGAGCAAGCCUACUGAUUCAAACACGGACGGCACAACGGCAAUGACUUCGGAUAAUGGCAAUACGACAACGAGAAGGAAAGUGGACUUAAACAAUGAUGAACAAAUGGAUAAAAGGCUUCACGACAACGGACUGGAUGAAAGGAUUAUGAGCAAGCCUAAUGAUUUAAACACGGACGGCAUAAUGGCGACGACUUCGGAUAAUGGCAAUACGACAACGAGAAGGAAAGUGGAAUUAAACAAAGACGAACAAAGGACUGAUGUAAGGCAAAACGAAAACGGACUGGAUAAAAUGAUUACGAGUGAGGCAAAUGAUUCAAACAUGGUCGCGAAGGAUGCAGGAAAAGAUAUUGAAAAUGAGAGCGAUGGAGUAAAGGAGAUGAGGAACGAGGAUGCAGGAAGGAAAAAUGCUGAGAGCAGGGUGGAAAUCAGAGAAGCACGGAGAAAUGAGCCAGACCGAAACAACGGAAAAGGUAAAGAUCAUAAUGAACUUUAUAAUGAAAAUAAUACUGACAAAGAGAGAACGGAUAAAACGCAUGAUGCAAAAAGAUCGGGAAUAUGGCAAAGGAAAUAUUCUAAAGAAAUGACACUGGUUUUAGAAACCGAAGAUAUUGAGGGUGUAAAUGCAAUGAAACUAAUUAAAGAAAUAGAGAAAGUUGUAGGGCCUGGAAAACUCUCGGCUCUGAGACCCAGGCCAAAUAAGCAAUAUGAGGCAACUUUUGAAAAUUUAGAAGAUUGUGACCUGCUUGAAGAUGGAGGUUUACUUUUCGAUGGAAUAAGGGUGGAUGUUAAAAGGCUGUGCAGAACCGAGGUAAUGGUCUCUUUUCUCCACUUGCCCCCAUACACAACAGACGCAGAAGUGCUGGAAAAACUAAUUAAGUGGGGAGUCGAACCCAUCCUCCCCCUAAGGCGGCGUUACUACCCGGGCACGUCAGUGGCAGAUGGCACACGUUAUAUUAAAGUCAGAUUCCCAAAAGAAGUAGCAUCGUUGCCCUACAGUGCGAGGUUCGAUACACCUGACGGGCCUCAGUACUGUAGGGUAAUCCAUGACCGGCAGGUGAAGCUAUGUUGACUGUGCCUACAACCGGGGCACAU